AUGGUGGAUGGGGAUAUUACGCCAGAGGAUAAGGCUACUAUAUGUGCUAGAUUGGUUUUACUUGCACCGCCCUGUGAAUUUAAUGAAGUAUUAGAUGAUAUCCGUUGUUUCGCUGGUGAUGACCAUCAUAUUCAUGAGAAGCUAGCAGCAUCAGUAGCACAGUAUAACAAGGACCAAAUGAUCCAUGUGAAGUUACCAAAUUGCGAGUAUCCGACACUGAUUACUGCGUACGCAGACUUGGGGAAUGGAUAUUUUAUGUGUCCUAGAUCGCAGUUGACAUUUCAUUUUGACCAUCUCAAGCAGACAGUCAGUGAUGUUAAAAGUUUUGACAAGAGUAGCUUUGAUAAUAUAGACUGUGAUCUGGAGAGUUGGAGGCGUGCCUUAGAAGAUAGCGCUACUGUCUAUGUAAACGAACAUUUCCCUGAUGGAGCUGUCGAAGUUUACGCUCUGAGGUCGAAUGAUAGUGCACGCUGUCUCGUUAUGUGCAUUGAGUCUCACUUCAGCAAACAUCAAUCAACUGGACGAUGGCGAUCAGAAUGGACUUUCAAGCUAGUUGGACAAAAAUCGAUGGAGUUUUCGGUUCAUGGUGUUAUUAAAGUUCAGACACAUUUAUACGAAGAGGGGAAUGUUCAAUUGAUUUCAUCCAAAGAAGUUGAUUUUGUUGUCUCUGAAUCUAUCCCCAGGGUAUUUGCCAGGGAGUCAAUAAAGAGAAUAAAAGAAGCUGAUUGUGCAUAUCAAGUUGCCAUUGGCGAGAACUUCAAAACAAUGUCCGACACAACUUUCAAAGCUCUUCGGCGACAACUGCCUUUAACUCGUUCCAAACUAGAUUGGAAUAAAAUUAUCACUUAUCAGAUAGAUUAUGAUUUCUCAUUUGUGUUGCAUUAUGGUCGUGUGGUUGAUGUAUGCAACUGA